CACGCACGGAUCUGUCUCUCUCCAACUGCUGCGAUUCCGUCAACCGCUGAACUUCCUUCAACUGCUGAUCCUCUCUCGUCUGCUACACGUCCUUCAACUGCUGCACACCACCUUCAACCGCUGAACAGCCUUCAUCUGUUAAACCUCUUUCAAGUGCUGCACAACCCUUCAGCUGCUGCACUUGCUGCGAACGAUGGCUCCAAGGACAUCACUGAUUGUCGUCGCUUCUGCGCUUCUAUGCUUCGUUUCCUUCGUCCCUGGACCCGGUGGCGUGUGCGGCUCGACUGGGAUGAACGGCACCCAGACACCGCAGGGGGAUUCCCUUCUGCAGCAAUGCACGGACAUGAUAACCACCAACGCGCAGUUCUGCAGCGUGGCCGAGACGUGCUGCAUUUUCGGCGUGGACCAGACCGGCUGGAUCGCCGCCGCCGUGGGCUGGUCGCUGGCCUUCCUCGUGCUCAUCGUGUCGUGCGCCUGCCAGCUCCACUCCAUACACCCCGAGGCCUCCAAGCGAAUUCGUCUGCGGGAAGGGGGGGCCACGAGCUAAGGAAAGAAAGGCCAGUCCCGCCCCCCGCAAUUCCACCUUUCCCUCUGACAGUGCCGGAUUAUCCUCGUAGCAAAAGUGGCUACAUGUGUAGCUACGGGCCCCGCACUUUCAAGCGCCCCGCGCUACACGCUUUCAAGCUAUCAA